GCUCGCUCUGGAGGACUUGGGGUUGAGUAGUGGCGGCUUCAGACCGGGCUGAGAACCGUCCCCGCUUUCUUCCCUUCUCCCCGUGCUCUUGAUCGCCUUUCCCGGAGCGCAGACCCCUUCUGAGCCCAGAAGAAGGGAAACGCCGCUCCGGAUUGAAAGCGCUUCAAAUAAAAAGCGUGCGCCUUAGCAGAGGGCGAUAGGUAAGCGACCCGGCUGCGACGCAGAGGCGGCGCCGCCAGGAGGCGCUGCAGCAGGUGAAACACGGCGGCUCGCUCGCAGAGGCGGCUGGAGGAAAGUUUUUGCGCGCCGGCCUUUGGAAUACAAGGAAUAUUAAAGAGCAGUUUUACACCCAGAGAUGUCCGUGGAAGUUGGCUUUGCUUUGCUUCUAUUUAUGUUGCUGGCUGUACGUAGGGCAGCCUCGUCCUGUCCUGAUUUGGAUCCACAACUAAAGCUCUGGAUUCCUGGACACAAUGAAGACAAUGUGGUAAACAUCAGCCGUGGACAAGAGUUCCUCUUAUCUUCUUCUGCAACAGUCCAUUCCAUCCUCAUCACAAACGGAGGAAAGCUGGUGAUUAAAGACAAUGCAGGUCCCGUUGUUUUGCGCACUCGACACAUUCUGAUUGAAAAUGGGGGGGAGAUGCAUGUUGGGAGCGAGAGCUGUCCUUUCCGGAGCAACCUGACAAUCAUCUUGUAUGGACGCGCUGAUGAUGGCAUUCAACCAGACAGUUACUUUGGGCAGAAGUAUAUCGGGGUUGGCAUCGGUGGCACUCUUGAGGUCCACGGUGAGAAGAAGCUAUCCUGGACUUUUCUCAACAAGACCUUGAAUCCCGGCGGCAUGCAGGAAGGCGGCUACUACUUUGAGCGAAGCUGGGGCCACCGUGGCAUCAUCGUCCACGUAAUUGACCCGAAGACGGGAUUGGUUAUCCAUUCUGAUAGAUUUGACACCUAUAAACUCAAAGGCGAAAGCCUGCGCCUCGUCCGGUAUUUGAAUGCAGUUGAUGACGGCAUGAUCUUGUCGGUUGCGGUGAACGAUGAAGGAUCCCAAAGCUUGGAUGAUUCAGCUCGGAAAGCAAUGACCAAGCUGGGCAGCAAGCAUUUCCUCCACCUCGGUUUUAGGCAUCCCUGGAGUUUUAUUACAGUAAAAGGGACCCCUUCGUCUUCGGUGGAAGACCACAUAGAAUACCAAGGAUACAAAGGGUCGGCUGUAGCCAAAGUAUUUAAACUAUUUCAGGCAGAGAAUGGAGAGCAUUUUAAUGUGUCUUCGACCAGUGAGUGGGUUCAAGAUGUUGAGUGGACAGAAUGGUUUGAAAAGCCAGAAAAGGCAAAAUCCAAAGGUGGAGAGAGACUUCUAGACUUCAAAGCGGCCCACCCAGAAGUCUGCGAUCACCCUGUCGAUAUCGAGGCAGUCACGCUGGAUGGAGCCAAACUGACAACUGAGGUUUUUUACAAAAGUGGCCGUGAUUAUAGGUUUUUCUGCCGCGGCCCUGAACAGACAGACGGAAGCUGCCGAAACUACCGAGUGCGUUUUUUAUGUGGUAAAAAUGUGAGACCAAAGCUUACUGUAACCAUUGACACAAAUGUGAACAGCACCAUUUUAAGACUAGCGGAUGAUGCACGGUCGUGGAAGGUCAGAGACAGAAUUGUGGUGGCCAGCACAGAUUAUUCCAUGUACCAAGCUGAAGAAUUCCAGAUCUUACCUUGCCGGGCCUGUAGACCCAAUGAAGUCAAAGUAUCAGGGAAAGCAACCUACCUUCAUAUGGGAGAGGAAAUUGACGGUGUUGACAUGAGGGCGGAAGUUGGCCUGCUGAGCCACAACAUUGUGGUGAUGGGAGAGAUGGAAAAGAAUUGCUACGAUUACAACAAUGGCCUCUGUUCCUUCUUUGAUUUCGACACCUUUGGAGGACACAUCAAGGUUGCUCUUGGAUUUAAAGCAGUCCAUAUAGAAGGGGUAGAGCUGAAACACAUGGGCCAGCAGUCGCUGGGACACUACCCAAUCCACUUCCACAUGGCAGGAGAUGUGGAUGAGAAGGGAGGCUACAACCCACCCACCUAUGUGAAAGACAUCGCCAUUCAUCAUGCCUUCUCGCGUUGCGUGACAGUCCACGGAUCCAAUGGUUUACUGGUCAAGGAUGUUGUCGGCUAUGACACUUUGGGCCAUUGCUUUUUCACUGAAGAUGGGCCGGAGGUACGCAACACGUUUGAUCACUGCCUUGGACUGGUGGUGAAACCCAGCACGUUGUUACCAUCUGAUCGAGACACAAGAAUGUGCAAGACGAUUACAGAGGGAGCGUAUCCAGGAUAUGUCCCCAAACCUAGACAAGACUGCAACGCCGUGUCCACCUUCUGGCUGGCCAACCCGCACAACAACCUUAUAAACUGUGCAGCUGCAGGCUCUGAAGAAACUGGAUUUUGGUUUGUUCUGCAUCAUGUGCCAACGGGACUGUCUACAGGAAUGUAUCCCCCUGGCUACUCAGAGUACCUUCCAAUGGGAACAUUCUAUAACAAUCGGGCACAUUCCAACUAUCGAGCUGGAAUGAUCAUUGAUAAUGGAGUUAAAACAACACCUGCAUCCGCCAAAGACAAACGACCCAUCUUGACCUUGAUUGCUGGGAGAUACAGCCCACAUCAAGACGCAGACCCUCUGAAACCCAGGGAACCAGCUAUUAUUCAACACUUUAUUGCUUACAAGAACCAAGAUCACGGAGCCUGGCUACGAGGAGGAGACGUGUGGCUGGACAACUGCCAGUUUGCAGACAACGGCAUCGGGCUGACUUUGGCUAGCGGUGGAACCUUCCCACAUGAUGAUGGUUCGAAACAAGAAGUAAAGAACAGCCUGUUCGUAGGCGAAAGUGGCAACACUGGGACUGAAACCAUGGACAACAACAUCUGGGGGCCCGGAGGCCUGGACCACAGUGGGCGGACUCUUCCAAUCGGGCAGAAUUUCCCAAUCAGAGGGAUUCAGUUUUAUGACGGGCCAAUCAAUGUCCAGAACUGCACCUUCCGAAAGUUUGCUGCGUUGGAAGGUCGCCACACCAGUGCCCUGGCAUUCCGACUGAACAACGCUUGGCAAAGCUGCCCCAACAACAACGUCACAAACAUACGCUUUGAAGAUGUCCCGAUUACUUCUAGAGUGUUCUUCGGAGAACCGGGCCCCUGGUUCAAUGGACUAGAUAUGGACGGGGACAAAACAUCAGUUUUUCAUGAUGUAGAUGGUUCUGUAUCUGAAUACCCUGGGUCGUAUCUCAUCAAGGAAGAUAACUGGCUGAUCAGGCAUCCGGACUGCAUUGAUGUACCAGACUGGAGAGGCUCUAUCUGUAGCGGACGGUAUGCACAGGUAUACAUCCAAGCCUACCGAUCACCCAAUCUGCAAAUGAAGAUCAUAAAAAAUGACUACUAUACGCAUCCUCUAUACUUGGAGGGGGCUUUGAGCAAGAGCACACACUACCAGCAAUAUCAGCCAGUGAUAACGCUACAGAAAGGCUACACCAUCCAUUGGGACAAGACUGCUCCUGAGGAGCUGGUUCUUUGGCUGAUUAAUUUCAACAAGAAUGACUGGAUCCAAGUUGGGCUUUGUUAUCCAAAAGGGACAACGUUUUCCAUUCUCUCAGACAUCCAUCAUCGCCUUUUGAAGAAAACAGAAAAAACUGGAGUUUUCUAUCCAGCUCUUCAAAUGGACAGACUCGAGUACCGAUAUCCUACCAAAGGGUACUACUAUUGGGAUGAUAACACUGGAUUGUUGUUUCUCAAGCUAAAAGCUCAGCAUGAGAAAGAGCCAUUUGCCUUCUGUUCCACCAAAGGCUGUGAGCGAAUCAGGAUCAAAGCCAGCCUCCCCAAGAAUGCACAGAUCAGUGACUGCCAAGCUGAAGCCUAUCCGAAGUAUGCAGAGAAACCCUCAGUGGACGUGCCGAUGCCCAAGAAGCUGCCUGGCACACAACUGGACCAUUUUGUGGAGCUGAAGGUCGAAAGCUACAAGACCAGAUACUUGCAUCUCAAGGAUGAUUUUGCUUAUAUCGCAGUUGAUGGCAAGAAGUUCUCUCCCUCUGAAGACGGUAUCCAGGUAGUUGUAGUGGAUGGGCACCAUGGGAAAGUUGUCAACCAAAUGAGCUUUAGAAACUCCAUUCUACAAGGAAUCCCGGGACAGAUAGACAAUUAUGUCAGCAACCUCAGGGACAAUUCUAUUGUGGUGAUGAUGUCUAAAGGAAGGUUUAUUUCAAGAGGCCCUUGGACAAAAGUUCUGGAGAAGCUUGGAGCACAGAGGGGCUUUAAGUUGAAAGAUAAAAUGGCUUUUAUUGGAUACAAGGGCAGCUUCCGGCCAUUCUGGGUCAGACUGAGCACCGACGAUGAGGCUGUGAAGAUCUUCCAAGCUCUACCAGUCCCUGUGGUGAAAAAGAUGAAGUUGUGAAGGCAUGGCUCACCGUUGCCUGCUUGUUCCUUAACACCUCCUGCACAGCACAGGGACUGCAUCAGGCCUGUGGCAAUCCUGAGAUGUAGUUAUUUUUGUUGCUGUAUGUAAAACAAUCUUAUUGCAAAAGAGUCAAGUGGCCACAUCAGAUAACUGACAUUCCUUGGGGAAGCUAGGUCCAGUUCUGGUGACUCGCUUAGUGGCCAAAGGACUGCUGCUCUCCCCCACCAGCACAUUUGGGGUGAGAAACAUUUAACACCCCAAUGCCACGUUACUUCUCUCAGGUAGUGAAUUUGAGUUCUCUAAUGGAUAUGACAAAGGGCUAACUUCUCAACAGGCCACAUUCCAUUUUGAACGUGCAGACAGCUAACUCGGGAAAGGUGCAAUUGUAAACUGGUAACUGUGCGGAAAUGCAAACAUGCACGAUAAAGUUUCAGACAGUUCUGAAAGAAAUGAAGCUAGGCCUUGUCAGUGCUGCCGUUCCCCAAAUUUCCUUGGGUUAGUCUUGAAAGACAUUGCUGAGGGCAAAAAGGAGAUCCCACCCAAAUCCUAUUUCUGCUCAUACAGAAAUUACCAGUUAAGUUACUGUGCAAGAGGCUAUUUGUGAAGUUAGCUGAUAUUUCUUGCCAUAUUUGCAAGACAGGCAACAUAGAGCAAAGGUGAUUAAAUCACUUAACUGUUGUGCCAUAGAAAGUAUCUUUCCUAGCUUCAAAGAGCCUCCUAGCAAAGGCUAUCCACCAGGAAAGUUGUAAACAUAGGAUUUGAAGGUAACAAUUGGGUGCGUACUCCUCUCUAAUUAUUAGAGGGACUGACUGAAGUGUGGACAUUCAUUAAUCGUCACUGACUAUUCACUGCUAUCUGUGAAUUGCCCUUUUCUGAGGUUGUACUAUAGUUUUCCCUUUGUACCUAUGUGGUCUUAUUUUUGUGCGUAUGUCAGUCCAAAUAUUUUACCCGAAAUAGCUGGUCCUUUUUCGGAACUAGAUGUAUAGCGUUUUGUAUAUAUUCCUAAAGUUCCCAGUGGUGGAAUAAAAAGAUUAUUUUCUAUUUAUUUAUUGCCAAGGCACUAUAAGAAUUUAAGCUGAAUGAGCUUGUUCCUGGGUUGAAAGGACUCAGAAACACAUUUCUUCAGAUAAUCUGCUUUGCACUUGAAAAUCCUGAAUGGCUACAGAAUGUGGUAUUCUACUGGCAGCCUCUUUCACAAUGACUGAAACUCCUGUAACUUUACUUCGAAAUGUUUUUUGCUUACCAACUUAGUAUUUAGUUGUUUUGGAAUACACCACAUUUAUUGGAAUAAAAUUUCAAUGCAACUUUACAACUUGGUCUGUUUGGUUUGGGGGGGGGGGGGCAGUGAGUGCCCGUCUGUAAAAGAGGCCAAUCUAGCAAAGAAUAAACCACUCACUACAGCAGAUGUCUAUGUAUGC